AUGAGCGUUGAUCGGGAGGAGAAUCCAGCCGACAUCAUCUUCGACAUCUAUCCUAAAGAGUUACGGAAGGCGAAAAUUGCUGUUAUGACCGCCGGGAACGGUGUCGGUGUGGAAUUCUUCGAGUUUAUUGACCCGAAGAUGACACAGGCUGCAGCGUUUGAUAUUACCCGUGGAGGGGUUUUCCAUGUCGCUGUUACCGAUCCACACCCGGAAGAACUAUGCUCAAAGAUUAUAGCAGCAGGUGGGAAGAAGAUUGGAAAACCGGUUUCUCCAUUUCCACUCUCAGUGGAUGGAUUCAAGGACGGCGCGCUUUACCUGCAGGAUCCAUGGGGGAAUACGAUUGAAAUCGUCAGCUGUAACCUUGAACUGCUUCUAGCAAACAGAUCCUGA